UAUCUCCGUGUUUGGAGGUAAGAGUAGGAUAUCAAAGGGGGGCCAGCGUCCGUUACACAUCAGUUUCCUCCCGUAUAAAAGGAAUAAUUAUUUGUGGUAAACCCUCAGUGCCGUUUCGAGUCUCAUCAGUGACGGCCACUCGACGACUGCUAAUUGAAGGAAUAAUAAUUAUUCUUCAAUCAUUCCAAACUCAUCGUGUACUUCACUCUCACUCUUGUCACCGAAGUUAUCUCUCGUGAAUGAUAACUGAAACAUUGAAGUUGCAGUGUCCGCGAUUGCCCAAUAGUUCCGGACGAAUUUAGCGUUAAACAAAUAAGGAUAAAAUAUUUGUUAACAUGUUGUCAAUGUGGCGCGGUUGUUGCAUCCGAGUGCAACAGCGAUGGAUAUUCGCGCUGAUGGGAUUCCUAGCAUUGUUCAAUGCUUACACAAUGCGCGUGUGUCUAUCCAUAACGAUAACAGAAAUGACAGUUCCAAUAAAUACAUCGCAGAAAAUAGACGACACCUGCCAAAUAGACCGUCAGAAAGACGAGUCAACCAAAGUAAACUCAACGAACCAAGUUUACGACUGGGAUGAGUCCACCCAGGGGAUAAUCCUGUCAUCCUUCUACUGGGGGUACGUCCUGACGCACCUCCCCGGUGGAAUGUUGGCAGAGAGAUUCGGGGGAAAGUACUCGUUGGGUCUUGGAAUUCUCUCAACCGCUCUGUUCACACUGUUCACACCUCUGGCGGUGGAGCAGGGAGGCUCAACAGCCCUUAUAAUCCUCAGGAUUCUCAUGGGUUUGGGGGAGGGGACGACCUUCCCAGCGCUGAACGCGAUGCUCUCCCAGUGGACGCCCCCUGAGGAGCGUUCAAAGAUCGGGUCAAUGGUGUUCGCUGGCGCCCAACUAGGAACAGUGUUCACCUCAACCCUUUCCGGCCUGAUUCUCCAUUACGCCUCAAUGGGCUGGCCAGCGGUCUUCUACGUAUUCGGAUCCAUCGGCGUCCUCUGGUUCAUCGUCUGGACCAUGAUCUGCUACAACAAUCCAAGCGAACAUCCCUUCAUCUCCGAAGCAGAGAAGAAGUUCCUUCACGAACGCAUGAGUGAACACACGCAUCAGAAACCGCCGCCGGUUCCCUGGCGGUACAUGUUCACAUCUCUACCGGUGUUCGCUCUGAUCAUGGCGCAGAUUGGCCACGACUGGGGAUUCUUCACCAUGGUCACUGACCUACCGAAGUACAUGAGCAGUGUCCUCGGAUUUUCCAUCAAGAGUAAUGGGUAUCUGUCGUCCUUGCCGUACCUGUGCAUGUGGUUCUGCAGCAUCUUCAGCUCGUGGUUGGCUGAUUGGUUGAUAACCGCGGGGCAUGUCUCGAGGACUAAUGUUCGGAAAUUGGGGACGACUAUUGCCUCCGUGGGACCCGGAAUCUUUAUCGUUGGGGCGAGUUAUGCUGGCUGCAAUAAAUACACGGUUGUUGCUAUGUUCACGGUAGGAAUGGCCCUCAUGGGGACCUUCUACCCUGGAAUGAAGGUGAACGCUCUCGAUCUAUGUCCCAAUUAUUCGGGGAGUCUCAUGGCCGUGGUCAACGGGAUUGGAGCACUCACUGGAAUUAUCACUCCGAUUAUCGUUGGGGAACUCGCACCGGACAGCACCAAUGAUCAGUGGAGACUCGUCUUCUGGAUUGUUCUGGGGGUUUUCCUUGUUACCAAUGCUAUCUUCGUUGUUUAUGCCAGUGGAGACGUCCAGUUCUGGAAUGAUCCCGAGUUUUUGAUGAAUCUGAAGAAUGGGGGGAAGGACAGCAGGAGGGAGAAGGAGAAGGAACAGUAUAAUCAGUGCUGAUGAGGUUUCUUGAUUAUAGUUUUGGAGGGAAGUGGUAGGUGAAACGAGUCAAGGCAAUCUGGGUUGCUGGUUGUGAAUAUUUUUGGGCCUGAGGCAGGUGGAGAUACCUUCAGGAUAUUCGGAGGGGAAGGGAAGCUAGAAGAAAUGUAGAUAGACGGCUUGACAAAGGUAUCGCUAUCGUUCUGGGAAUUCGAGAUAAUGGACGAAAACUGAGGAGCAAUUGAUCUUUAGAAUCUGUUAGUUUUCGUUGCAUUUCUCCGAACUUGGGGGAUAUUGAAGUAAAUGCAAAUUUCGUAUGA